AUGUCUGAUAAUAAUAAUAAUAAUAGUAAGAGUGAUAGUAAUAAUAAUAAUAAUAACAAUGUAUCAUCUCGUCAAAAACAACCAAUCAAUAUGAUUUUGUUGGGUAUGGCAGGUAGUGGAAAGACAACAUUACUUCAGAGACUACGUGCACACGUUCACGAACACAAGAUACCUACCUACAUUAUAAAUUUGGAUCCUGCCGUUGCUAAACUACCUUAUACACCAAACAUUGAUAUACGUGACACCGUCAACUACAAAGAGGUAAUGAAACAGUACGGUCUCGGUCCGAACGGUGGUAUCGUCACCAGUCUCAAUCUGUUCUCAACGAAAUUCGACAAGGUCUUGGAGAUCGUUGAGAAACGUGCACCGCAACUCGAUUACAUCAUUAUGGAUACGCCGGGACAGAUCGAGGUCUUCACUUGGUCGGCAUCCGGUGGUAUCAUCACCGAGUUGAUGGCGAGCAGCUUCCCAACCGUGCUUGUCUACAUCAUCGAUACUCCGCGAACCAUAGAUCCCACCACCUUCAUGUCGAACAUGUUGUAUGCAUGCUCGAUCAUGUACAAAUCUAAACUGCCGAUGGUCGUUGCAUUCAACAAGAUCGACGUUGCCAACCAUCUCUUUGCGCAGGAGUGGAUGAACGACUUUGAGUCGUUCCAAGACGCACUGACAUCCGACCCAUCGUACAUGUCAAACUUGACACGUUCAAUGAGUUUAGUAUUAGAGGAAUUCUAUUCAACGCUACAAAGUGUAGGUGUUUCGGCAGUGGAUGGAACAGGAAUAGAUGAGUUUUUCGAGAAAAUCAAUACGGCAGCAGACGAUUACUAUAAAUUUUAUAAAGCAGAUUUGGAUAAAUCAAAAGAAGAAAGAUCGAAAGAAGAACAAUUAAAGGCAACACAAGAAUGGGACAAGUUAAAGAGAGAUUUAGAAGAAUCAAAGGGUUCAAAUGUUGUUUAUGAUUAUAAAAAGGAUGAAAAUGAAAAGAAAAUGAAGAAUUUAUCUAUUGAUGACCCAAUGGCUGAAGAUGAUGAUGAUGAUGAAGAUGAUUACGAAGAUGCCUACUAUCUAUCAAAUUACAGUGCAGAAAAAAAGAAAAAGAUUAAACAACAUCAUCAUAAUCAUCAUUUUGAAAGAAAAUCAAAAUCAAAUUAA